AUGAAGGGUCCAACGACGCCGGCUGAAAUGUGCGCUGACAAUUUGAAAACCAUCGUGGAGGGUCAUUUCUCGAAGCACGAUCCAACCGCAGGGUCGCCUAUGACAUACGUUGAUGCAGACGGUGGAAAAACUGGAGCCAAUCAAGUCAAACGAAGGAAGGUCCCGGUCCAUAACUAUCCCAACAAUCCCAACGUGGCACUGAUGACCGCGAUCCUGGCUUCAGAAGCUGGUGUUGUUGCCAAAACAAGGGAAGCCACCAGGAACUGUGAAAUCGAAAAUUUUGUUUGGCUUAGCAAGCCAAUGCACAACGCUUUUGCUCGUUGCUCGGAAAAGCGCCAGUUGAAAAUGAGAGUGGCCUGGGUUUUGUUUUUGCUUAGCUUAGUAUUUGUUAAUGUAUGUUGGAGCAUUUCGGUCUUCCAAAGUAGCGCACUUAACCAGAGUGUUAGCAAUAGUGAAAUAGAACUGUUCAACAGCAGCAAACCGUUGUCGAGGAAGAAACGAUUUCUGCUAUUUCCUCCCGGAUCAAGCCUGUUGGUAACCGCAUCUGCACUGAAAGGUUUACUGUUUAAAGGCCCCGGUGGAAACGUAUUGUUGGCCGAACUUGACAUGUUUCAUCCGCUACCGGAUUACAGGUAUCGCUUCUCCGCUUUUCGUCUUGGAGAAAUAGCAAUGUUACCAACUGAACCGCCCAUGCCAGUAAAAACAUCAACAGUGCCAUCUCCUGCGAUAAUUCCAGUAACGACCCACCACCACGAGAACCACGAAGUAUCACCAGAAGAGCUAGAAGCUUACUUGAAGAACCAUCCUGAUGCAUAUGUUCCUCCGGGCUAUGGCAAGGAUCGUUCGGACUGGAUCAGUCGUGGGGCGUAUCCGGGCGUAGAUUACCAACGUCAGAGGGAUUAUUUCAGACCUAGCAAUUACUAUAAUAGUUAUAUGCAUCAACCAUACAAAAGCAAAUUGUGGAGUGCUGACUCCGAUGAUUACCUGCAGCGAAAUUAUUACCGAGCUGGAAGAUCGUCCAGUGGGGCGGUCGAUUAUGAACUGGAAGAGGAGGAGGACCGGUUCAAUAUUAGCCACCAUCGGGAUUGGGAGCACUAUUAUCACUACCGGGAAAGACGACAGUUGUAUCACACUCUGGAGAACGGAAUUGGAAACAAAUUCGAUUUUCCAAUGAAAUCGUGCAUAAUGAGAGCAAUUUGCGAAGCACAAAAUUUGCUUCUCCCUCCGGGGAAAUCCAUGGUUAUGGAUAUUGCGCGAAUUGUGUUCAGUGUGCCGUUGAAAGAUGAGCUGGGAGAUGAUUACAGUGCAGCUAUGAGGGAGCGAAAUCUAGAUUGUCACGAAGUGUACGAGGAACGAUGCCCAAUCAGUAUUCUCCAGUUGGUAUUAUUUGGGAAAUUUGUUUCGUGAAAGUUACUGGACCAGCAAAAACGAUUUUGACCAUUUC